AUGGCGAAGAAAGUUUUUCGUCUCCCUCGCAUGCAUUCCACCAAUGCAUUGCAAAAACGUAGCAAUCAUUAUCCAGUCCCUCUUCCACUAUGUGGUAUAUUUCUGUCCUAUUCAUUAUCAUCAUCUGGUAAUCAAAAGCAGAAUAAACAACUCCACGAUGAACAGUUAAGAUCUCUUGGAGCUUCAUUACAAAGCCUAGUUUCAAACAAAUUUUUUUCUAAAACUCUUGAUUCUGGAAUCGUUACUCCUGAUAGAUAUGCUUAUAAUAAAGCAGUUCAUCAGCUAGAGAAAAUAAUAGAAGAUGCUGGUAACAUGUUUGUUAAAAUGCUUAACAAGAUAAUUAAACCGAAUAAAAUUACUUAUAAUACGCUUAUUGAUGGAUACUGUAAGGCGGGGGAUUUAAAUAAAGCUUUUGAGAUUAGAGAGCAAAUGGUAUGUUCAGGAUUUGUUCCUGAUUUACUUGCGUUUAAUACUUUUUUAAGUGGGCUUUGUAGAGUGAAUCAGCUUAAAGAAGUUCGUGAAUUGUUAAAUGAAAUGAAAAUGUAUGGAUUUGUUCCGGAUGGGUUUACUAGUAGUUCUCUUAUUGAAGCGUUUUCGAAGCUUGGUGACUCUGAUGGUUUAUUGGCAGUUUUUGAAGCGAUGCUAAGGGGAGGAGUGCAACUUAAUGCGUAUACAUGUUGCCCUUUGUUGAAGGGGAUUUGCAAGGAAGGAAAGUGA